AUGGAAACUGAAGAAAUUUCUUUAAGAAUUCAAAGUAAUAAUUCCAUUGAACAAUUAAAAAUAAAAAUAUAUGGAUUAAUGAGUGCAGUAGUAUUUCAAAAAUCAAAGUAUUGCGUAUUAAAACUGUACAAACACUUGCCUCAUAAAUUUUUAAUUCCAGAAAUACGCGAAAUGUAUCAGAUUGAAUGGUACGAUUACCUUGAGAAAAUUCGGCGGACCAUUGGGGGUAAAACAUGGCUGCCAGAUACACAAGUAAUUAUUUAUAUAAAUAAUAAAUUUAUCGGCAACCAUUCAGAUUUCUCAGAAUUUAUUAAUGAAAAUUUCACAAUUAAUUUACCGAUCGACACUGAAUUCUAUGAAAAUUUAAUUACUGAAAGUUUUAAAAAAUUCAUCAGCAAUCCAGACCGUAAAUUUGUUUACUUAAAUUUAACUAUCGACGGUACGUCAUUAGGAACUUUUAUAUUUAUGUUAUAUUACGACGAAUUGCCCCGGACAUGUGAGUAUUUUAUAAACCUCUGCAAUGGUGAUAAAAUAAAAAAAAAUGAGGAAUAUUUAUGUUACAAAAAUUCAACAUUACAUCGUAUUGUUAAAGAUCGUUGGCUUCAAUUUGGUGAUUUAGGAUAUGAAAAUAAUUUUACUAAUGAGACUACAAUAGAUGCUGAAAAUUUUAUAAUUUUUCAUGAUCGUCGCGGAGUUCUUUCAUUGGCUAAUGAUGGAAAAAACCAUAAUGGGCCACAAUUUGUUGUCUCAUUAAAUCCUAAUCCAUGGAUGGAUAAAUGUUACGUUGCGUUUGGGUGA